AUGAGACGAGACAAUUAUAAUAUGGACGUCGACACAAGAAGAAAGAAUCACGAACAUCGCGCGCGUUACGGAGAGCCCGGCCAUCCGGAGUUGGCCCUGCACGGGAAACACGAGCCCUAUGGGGGGCGCGGACACAUCCAAUGCAGCGACCUGCUGCAAGUACUAACACUGCUGUGUUUCAUGCCACGCAAGGAAGAGCUGGCUCGGUGGGUUGAGAAUCACUGGCCGAUCUCAACCCGGACCCUCCCACGACGAUUGGGAGUGGAAGCCGCGGGUGAGUAUUGCAUCACAAUACUAGUUUUUUUAAUGAUUACAAUCCAUCAGUCUGACCAAUUUUCAUGA